GCUGGAUCAAUCAGCUGUACCCACUCUGGUGUGGAUUGAAUGGAGGUUUGCAUGUUGUGUUCAGUGGGAUACCACCUGUUCUCGUGCCACCGCUCUGAAAAGACCUGCCGUCGCUGGCUGGCGCUGGAUUACGCCGGUAUUUAUGUGGGUAUUCUGGGCUGUUAUGUUCCUGGGAUCUUCUACGCUUUCUACUGUAAUCCUUUUUGGCGACAGGUCUACCUGCUGACAGUGCUCUCCUUGAUCCUGGCUAUCUUCUGCGCUCAGGUCCACCCUCGAUACCUCAGCAAUGACUGGAAGGUAGUAAGGAUGACGAUCUUCUGCUGCGUGGCGGGCAUCGAUGUGAUCCCUGCCUGCCACUGGAUCUGGCUGAGUGAAGGAUUUGCCUCUGAGAUUGUGCAGCUGUUCCUGCCUCGUGUGAUUGUAAUGUACCUGAUAGCUGGAUCUGCGUUCCUGUUCUAUGCCACCAAAAUCCCUGAGCAAUAUUUUCCUGGUGAGCUUUUCUUGUCUUUCAUUUGUCUCUCUGUACUCUGAUGUCUCUGUACUCUGAUGAGAAUUAAGGUCUUUUGAGACCAUAAAUCAUCAAAGAUUUAACUGGAAAUUGUUAGAAGCACGUUGUCGGUAAUUCAGACGCACUGGAUUAUUAAACUUCACAAAUCUGUUGGAUUAGUCAAACUUUAAUCUAGGUCAGUGUGUUUAGUCAAUUAAAAUGUGUUUUCAAUAAAUCACCACUAGAUGUCAUUGCAUUUAAGCUUUUACUUCGUUUCAAUUCUUACUAAGGAAACUUCCUAUUUCAUAUUUCCAAAGC